GCGCGUGAACGUGUGUGGACUGCGCUCGGGGACGCGCUUGUGAUUUUAUCUGAUUCUUUUAUUAUCUGCAGUCAUAAUGUCUUCACUUCACUAUCCCCGAGUCUGUCGGUGAAGGAAGGACAGAAACGAUGGAAGAGAGCGGGGAUGAUGGAGGACUGGAGAUCAGCUGGAACCCAGGGAGGAAGGAGAACAAGACAGACGUCCAACAGCAACCUGUCCGUAGAGACCAGUUUCACAAUCACGAGAGGGACUCCAGUCUGGACCAGGGUGAACCAAAAAGCAUGAGGAUUAAGGAGGAACAGGAGGAACCAGGACCCCCCAGGAUUAAGGAGGAACUGGAACCAGGACCCCCCAGGAUUAAAGAGGAACAGGAAGAACUCUUCAUCAGUCAGGAGGAAGAGCAGCUUGUUCUGAAGCAGGACACUGACGUGAUGGUUCAGUUCAAGUCUGAAUGUGAUGAAACAUUGGAAGUCUGUGAAAGUACCAAGAUCCAGUACGAGGAAGAGACUGAUCGUCAGCACAGACUUCUGCAAUCUUACAUAAACCUGCACAUUAUAGACCGCCCACAUGAGCAUGGCUGUAAGGAGGAGGAAGAUCUCUCUGAGCAGCAGCUCCGUAUCCAGGAGAGGAGCUCCGGCCCAGACCAGGAGGAACCAGAACUUCCUCAGGUUAAAGAGGAACAGGAGGAACCAGAACUCUGCAGCAGUCAGGAUGGAGAGCAGCUGGUUCUGAAGCAGGAGACUGAUACCUUCACGUUGACUCCCACUUACCAGGAAAGUGACUUCAGUGAAGCAGAACCAAACACUGAGCAGCUUUACUCUCAGAACUCUCCUUUAAGUGAACAAAGCAAGAACCUGGACUCUGGAUCAACUACAGAGGCAGAGAUGAAUCCAAACAUGAACGGACCUGACGGUGAAAAAGAAGACCCCCCUCAUGUGUUACAGAGUCCAUUGACUGGUAAAAAGUCUUUUAAAUGCGAUGUUUGUGGAAAAGAAUUCCGAGAUAAGCACAGCGUGGAGCGUCAUGACAGAAUCCACACGGGCGUGAAGCCGUAUGAUUGUAAAACAUGCGGCAAAAGCUUCGCUCAGAAAUGUACUCUGGUGAAACACACGAGAAUCCACACGGGAGAGAGGCCGUACUCCUGUCAGAUCUGCGGGAAGAGCUUUAUUCAGAGCAAGGCUCUAGUGACUCAUAUGAGGACUCACACGGGCGAGAGGCCUUUCUCCUGCAUGACGUGUGGGAAGAGUUUCCUAAACCACUACCAUCUGCUGUCCCACAUGAUCACCCACACCGGAGAGAAGCCCUACACCUGUGAGAUGUGCGGGAAAGGGUUCAUUCACAAAAGUAACUUGAAGCGUCACAUGAGUUUCCACACAGGCGAGAGGACGUAUUCUUGUGAAACGUGUAGGAAAAGAUUCAGGUACCGAAGUAAUCUGACAAAACACAUGCAGAUCUAUCGGCACCAGUAGGAACCGGUUUAAUGCGGAACGUUUAGGAAAAGUUCAGUCAAUAUAAUGGACCACUUGAAAUUCCUCUCACGAGUUCUGGUGAAAUGUUAGUUUCCAAAGGUAGGUAGACAUGAGAACUCACCCAGGUGAGGUGUUUUUACCAUAUCCAUGUCUCCUCCUCCUCCCAUGGAGCUGCUGCGA